ACAAGAGCCCAGCCCUGCGUCGAGCGGCGUCCACUUCGUGCGCUCCGCCGCCGGGACAGGACCGGACCCUGCGUGCCAGGGAGCAGCCGCCGCCGCCAGGAAUCCGGGAGCGGGCUCGGGGCUGGGCAGUACCGGGACCCUGCCAGACAUGGCUGUGCCGGGGAGCUGAGAGCCACUGACCCGCAGGCUGGGAAGUUGAUACCGAAGGUCAGCGAGUGAAGAGAGGAAUUCCUGGGGCGGUUCCAGCCAGGACCAAAGUCCCACCAAGAUGGAGAAGGAAGAGGAGGAAACACGGGAGAUCCUGCUCCCCAACUGGCAAGGAAGUGGCUCUCAUGGUAUCACUAUUGACCAGACGGAAGAUGGGGUCUUCGUGAAGCAGGUGGUGCAGACUUCCCCUGCUGCCAGAACUGUGAAGGAAGGGGAUCAGAUUGUGAGUGCUACCAUCUAUUUUGACAACCUGCAGUCCGGAGAGGUCACGCAGUUGCUAAACAGCAUGGGCCACCACACGGUGGGGCUUCGGCUGCAGCGAAAGGGGGACAAGUCUCCAUUGCCGGGACAGUCAUGGUCACACGAUGUGUUCUCACCCAGGAGCCCAGAAGUUGUUCUGAGUGGGGAUGAUGAAGAGUACAGGAGAAUAUACACAACGAAAAUUAAACCACGUCUGAAGUCAGAAGAUGCAGGAGAAGCUGAACACACAGAAAGCAGAACCAUUACCGUCACCAAAAAGGUCACAGCUUAUACCGUAGAUGUCACUGGACAUGAGGGAGCAAGAGAGAUUGACAUCAGCAGCCCAGAAUUUAAAGUUAAGAUUCCAAGCCAUCAACUCACCCAUAUAACAACAACAGAAAUUGAAAAAGAACCUGGGAAAACCCUGAUCAAAAUACCACAGGUGGAUUUGCCUGGGAAAACUACCCGAUCAACAGACUUCAGUAUGGGGAUCAGAGGUAGACCUAGUGGCAUCUCAUAUUCUGGACCAACAGUUGAAUCAUCCACCAAAAGGUUGGACUUUGCUGCCCCUGAUGUGCACAUGAGAGAGCCCAAGAUGGACACUGAGAUAAAUGUCUCAGGACCUCAAGUCACAGGCGUUCACUUGAGAACCCAGACAGACUUUAAACCAGCAGAAAUUCAAGUUCCAGGUGUGGACAUUGUCAAAUCAGUUAAUGUUUCUGGCACUAGAGUCACAAGCCCAGAGAGCAGCUUGCCCAGAAUCGAUGCAAAUGGACAGAGGGGAAACCUGGAUGCAAAUAUUCACAUUACCGGCCCUAAACUAAAUGGAAAAAUGGGUGUUUCAGGCAUAGAUGUUAAAACUGAAGUUCCAGGAGGCAAACUGCCGCAAUUUGAUAUUUCAGGGUCCAAGAUAAAAAGUAAUAUGGAAGGUCCCAAAGUUGAUGUAUCAUUUUCAAAAAUUAAGGGUCCUUCAGUUGAUAUUUCUGGCCCUAAGAUUCAAAGUGAUAUCAAAGCUCCAAGGGUGGACAUUCCUCUUUCGAGCAUCGAAGGUGAUAUGCAGGACACUAAAGCUCCAGGAAUUAACAUUGAAAGCCCAGGAAAAAUAAAAAUGCCUGUAAUGAAGAUGCCUAAAUUUGGCUUCUCACCUUCAGCUUCUGAUACUGAUGUUCGAGGACCACAGGCAGGUGUAGAUGUUUCUGCGCCAAAGAUACAGGCUCCUCACCUCGAUAUCACAGCUCCAUCUGUUCAUAUGGAAGGUCCAAAGGAAAAACUGAAAUUUACAGUGCCUUCAGUGGAAGGUGCUAAAGUUGCAAAGCCACAUGUGGACAUGGCUCUCAAAGGACUUCAGUUGAAGGGAGUGGUGGAAGUGUCCUCUCCAACACUAGAAGGUCCCAGAGUUGGUGUCAAGGGUCCCAAGAUUGAUCUUGCGGCUCCUGAUGUUGAUAUUCAAAGUGGUGAAGGAAAAAUAAAAUUGCCCUCAAUGAAAUUUCCUAAAUUUACUGCAUCAGGUUCCAAAGGGGAAGGCCCUGGUGUGGGUGUGACGCUUCCUAAGGGGGAGGAUGCUAUUGCAGGCUCCAAGGUAGACAUCAGCACACCAGAUAUAGACAUGGGAGGAGAAUGGAAAGUCCCCAAAUUUAGGAAGCCUGAAUUAAUUAGUCAGACACCAAAAAUCUCUAUGUCAGAUGUGGACCUAAGCCCUAGCCUGAAGGGAGAUGUGGGUAUUUCAGGGCCAAGGAUCGAAGGGGAUCUGAAAGGACCCACUGUGGACAUAAAAGGCCCCAAGCUAGAUAUAGAUGCUCCUGACAUUGACAUCAAAGGGCCAGAAGGACACCUGAAAGGUCCCAAAUUUAAGAUGCCUGAAAUGCACAUAAAGGCUCCUAAAAUCUCCAUGCCAGACAUCAACUUGAAUCUGAAGGAUCCUAAACUGAAAGGAGAUGUGAAUGUUUCAGUGCCAAAGCCGGAAGGGGAGUUGAAAGCUCCUGGAAUUGACAUUAAACACCCCAAAGUGGACAUUGAUGCACCAGAUUUGGAUAUUCACGGCCCAGAUGGUAAACUGAAAAUGCCUAAACUGAAAAUGCCAAAAUUCAGCAUACCUGGGCUGAAAGGGGAAGGACCAGACGUGGAUGUAACACUUCCAAAGGGAGAGGUAGAUAUUUCCAGUCCAAAGGUACAAAUUGGUGCUCCAGGAUUGGACGUUGAAGGACCCAAGGGAGAACUAAAAGGUCCCAAAGUUAAGAUGCCUGAAAUGCACAUCAAGACACCAAAAAUCUCCAUGCCAGAUGUGGACAUGAAUCUAAAAGCCCCAAAGCUGAAGGGAGAUGGUGGUAUUUCAGGACCAAGGAUCGAAGGGGAUCUGAAAGGACCCACUGUGGACAUUAAAGGCCCCAAACUAGACAUUGAAGCUCCUGGCAUUAACCUUGAAAGUCCUGAAGGUCAGUUGAAAGGGCCCAAGUUCUCAAUGCCUACUUGGAAAAUGUCACCAUCAAAAGUAUCCAUGCCGGAUGUGGAUGUAAAUCUGAAAGGACCUAAACUGAAGGGAGACAUUGAUGUUUCUGUCCCACAAAUAGGAGGUGACUUGAAGGGACCCCAGAUUGACAUAAAAGGCCCCAAGCUAGAUAUAGAUGUUCCUGACAUUGACAUCAAAGAGCCAGAAGGACACCUGAAAGGCCCGAAAUUUAAGAUGCCUGAAAUGCAUAUCAAGACGCCUAAAAUUUCCAUGCCAGACAUCGACUUGAAUCUGAAGGGUCCUAAACUGAAGGGAGAUGUGGAUGUUUCUCUUCCAAAGACACAAGGUGAUUUGAAGGGGCCUGAGUUUGAUAUCAAAGGCCCCAAAGUUGACCUUAGUGCACCAGAUGUGGAUCUUCAUGGCCCAGAAGGUAAAUUCAAAAUGCCCAAGUUUGGAAUGUCUGGAUUCAAAGGGGAGGGACCAGAUGUAGAUGUAAGCCUUCUGAAAGGGGAGAUUGAUCUCUCAGGUCCUAAAGUAGACAUUGAUGCUCCUGAUUUGGAUAUUGAAGGGCCAGAAGGAAAACUGAAAGGUCCCAAACUUAGGAUGCCUGAAAUGCACAUCAAGGCACCAAAAAUCUCCAUGCCAGACAUCGACUUGAAUCUGAAGGGUUCUAAACUGAAGGGAGACAUGGAUGUUGCUGUUCCAAAGACACAAGGCGAUUUGAAAGGUCCUGAAUUUGAUCUUAAAGGCCCCAAAGUUGACAUUGAUGCACCAGAUGUAGAUAUUCACGGCUCAGAGGGUAAACUCAAAAUGCCUAAACUCAAAAUGCCUAAGUUUGGUGUACCUGGGCUAAAAGGGGAGAGACCAGAUGUGGAUAUAGCACUUCCAAAGGGAGAGGUGGAUAUUUCUGGUCCCAAGAUAGACAUAGAUGCUCCAGAUUUGAACAUGGAAGGGCCUGAAGGACACCUGAAAGGUCCCAAAUUUAAGAUGCCUGAAAUGCACAUCAAGACUCCUAAAAUCUCCAUGCCUGACAUCGACUUGAAUCUGAAAGGCCCUAAACUGAAGGGAGAUGUGGAUGUUUCUGUUCCAAAGCUGGAAGGGGAAUUGAAAGCUCCUGAAAUUGAUAUCAGAGGCCCCAAAGUGGACAUUGAAGCACCAGAUGUGGAUAUUCACGGCCCAGACAAUAAACUGAAAAUGCCUAAACUGAAAAUGCCUAAAUUUGGUGUACCUGGGAUGAAAGGGGAGAGACCAGACAUGGAUAUAACAUUUCCAAAAGGGGAUGUGAGUAUUUCUGGUCCCAAAGUGGACAUUGAUAUCCCAAGUUUAGACAUUGAAGGGCCAGAAAGUAAAGUGAAAGGUCCAAAGUUUAAACUGCCUGAGCUAAAUAUUCAGACACCCAAAGUCUCCAUGCCAGAUGUGGAUCUAGGUUUGAAGGCACCUAAAUUGAAAGGAGAUAUGGAUAUCUCUGUUCCAAAGAUGGAAGGUGAUUUGAAAGGACCCACCAUUGAUGUUAAGGGGCCCCAAAUUGAUAUUAAAGGUCCCCAACUGGAUAUUGACAUGCCUAACUUGGACUUGGAAUGUCCAGAAGGCAAACUGAAAGGCCCCAAAUUUAGGAUGCCUAAAAUGAAUAUCAAGGCCCCUAAAAUCUCCAUGCCAGAUGUUGAUCUGAAUCUAAAGGCACCUAAACUGAAAGGAGAGAUGGAUGUUUCUGCUCCAAAGAUGGGAGGUGAUUUUAAAGGACCCAGCAUUGACAUUAAAGGCCCCAAAGUUGACGCUGAUGUUCCUGAUGUUGACCUUGAAUGUCCAGAAGCCAAACUGAAAAUGCCAAAAAUGAAGUUGCCAAAGUUCGGCAUGCCUGGAUUCAAAGGACAGGGCUCUGACAUGGAUAUUUGCAGUGCCAAAGUGGAUAUUGAUGCUCCAGGUUUGGAUAUUGAAGGACCAGAAGGAAAAAUAAAAGGUCCCAAAUUUAAGAUGCCUGAAAUGCACAUCAAGACUCCUAAAAUCUCCAUGCCAGAUAUUGACCUAAAUAUGAAAGGUCCCAAACUAAAAGGAGACGUGGAGGUUUCUAUUCCAAAGCUAGAAGGUGAUUUGAAAGGUCCUGAUGUUGACAUCAAAGCCCCCUCAAUAGAUAUUAAUGCACCAGAUAUAGAGUUGCAGGGUUCAGGUGGAAAACUGAAAAUGCCCAAAAUGAAGAUGCCUCAAUUUAAUGUGUCAGGUCCUAAACUUGAAGGACCUGAUAUAGACGUAAAUGUGCCAAAGGGAGAGGUUGAUAUUUCAGCUCCCAAGGUAGAUAUAGAGGCUCCAGAGCUGGACACUGAAGUCCCAGAAGGCAAAUGGAAAGGACCUAAAUUUAAAAUGCCUAAACUGAAUAUUAAAGCACCUAAAAUCUCCAUGCCGGAUGUAGACCUGAAUCUCAAGGCACCAAAAAUUAAGGGGGAGAUGGAUGUUACUGUUCCAAAGAUAGAAGGUGAUUUGACAGGACCUGAAAUUGAUAUUAAAGGGCCAAAAUUAGAUAUUGAGGCACCUGAUAUGGAUCUUGAGUGUCCUGAAGGAAAACUGAAAGGGCCCAAAUUCUCAAUGCCUUCUUGGAAAAUGUCACCAUCAAAAGUAUCCAUGCCAGAUGUGGACUUAACUCUGAAAGGGCCCAAACUGAAGGGAGACUUGAAUGUUUCUGUCCCAAAGAUAGAAGGGGACUUGAAGGGACCUGAGAUUGAUAUGAAAGUCCCCAGAUUGGACAUUGAUGCAUCUGACAUCAGCAUUGACACACCAGAAGGAAAAAUGAAAGGUCCCAAAUUUAAAAUGCCUGAAAUGCACAUCAAGGCCCCAAAAAUUUCUAUUCCUGAUGUAGACCUCAAUUUAAAAGCCCCUAAAAUAAAAGGGGAAGUGGAUAUCUCCGCUCCUAAACUUGAAGGAGAUUUGAAAGGUCCUGAUUUUGAUUUCAAAGGCCCCAAGGUUGAUAUUGAUGCACCAGAUGUGGAUAUUCAUGGCCCAGAGGGUAAAUUCAGAAUGCCCAAAUUCAAGAUGCCCAAAUUCAGCAUGCCUGGGUUCAAAGGAGAGGGACCAGACGUGGAUAUGAAGCUUCCAAAAGGGGAAAUGGAUAUUUCUGGUCCCAAGAUAGACAUUGAUGCUCCGGAGUUGGAUAUUGAAGGUCCUGAAGGAAGGCUGAAAGGUCCCAAAUUUAAGAUGCCUGAAAUGCACAUCAAGGCACCCAAAAUCUCCAUGCCAGACAUUGAUUUGAAUGUGAAAGGUCCCAAAAUGAAGGGAGAUGUGGAUGUUUCUGUUCCAAAGCUGGAAGGUGACUUGAAGGGUCCUGAAUUUCAUCUCCAAGGCCCCAAAGUUGACACUGAUGCACCGAAUGUGGAUGUUCACGGCCCAGAGGGUAAACUCAAAAUGCCUAAAUUCAAAAUGCCCAAAUUUGGUGUGCCUGGGUUCAAAGGGGAAGACCCUGAUGUGGAUGUAAAACUUCCAAAGGGGGAGGUGAAUAUUUCUGGGCCCAAGGUGGACAUAGAUGCCCCAGAUUUAAACAUUGAAGGUCCAGAGGGAAAGCUGAAAGGUCCCAAAUUUAAGAUGCCUGAAAUGCACAUCAAGGCACCUAAAAUCUCCAUGCCAGAUCUUGAUUUGAACCUGAAAGGACCUAAACUGAAGGAGGAUGUGGAUGUUUCUGUUCCAAAACUAAAAGGGGAUUUGAAAGGGCCUGAGGUUGAUAUCAAAGGCCCUAAAUUGGAUUUAGAUGCCCCUGAUGUGGAGAUUGAAGGCCCUGAUGGGAAAUGGAAAGGCCCCAAAUUUAAGAUGCCUGAAAUGCACAUGAAGGCACCUAAGAUCUCCAUGCCAGACAUUGAUUUGAAUGUGAAAGGCCCUAAAGUGAAGGGAGAUGUGGAUAUAUCUUUUCCAAAGAUUGAGGGUGAUUUCAAAGGUCCUGAGUUUGAUAUCAAAGGCCCCAAAGUUGACAUUGAAGCACCAGACGUGGAUCUUCAUGGCCCAGAGGGUAAAUUCAGAAUGCCUAAAUUCAAAAUGCCCAAGUUUGGAAUGCCUGGGUUCAAAGGGGAGGGACCAGACGUGGAUGUAAGCCUUCCGAAAGGGGAGAUUGAUCUCUCAGGUCCUAAAGUAGACAUUGAUGCUCCUGAUUUGGAAAUUGAAGGGCCAGAUGGGAAAUGGAAAGGUCCUAAAUUUAAGAUGCCUGAAAUGCACAUCAAGGCACCCAAAAUCUCCAUGCCAGAUGUUGAUUUACACUUGAAAGGCCCUAAAGUGAAGGGAGAUGUGGAUGUAUCUGUUCCAAAGAUUGAGGGUGAUUUGAAGGGGCCUGAGUUUGAUAUCAAAGGCCCCAAAGUUGACCUUGAUGCACCAGACGUGGAUCUUCAUGGCCCAGAGGGUAAACUCAAAAUGCCUACAUUCAAAAUGCCCAAAUUUGGCAUCCCUGGGUUCAAAGGGGAGGGCCCUGAUGUGGAUAUAAAACUUCCAAAGGGGGAGGUUGAUAUUUCUGGGCCAAAGGUAGACAUAGAUGCCCCAGAUUUGAACAUUGAAGGUCCAGAGGGAAAGUUGAAAGGUCCCAAAUUUAAGAUGCCCGACAUGCAUUUUAAAGCACCUAAAAUCUCCAUGCCAGACAUUGACUUUAAUUUGAAAGGUCCUAAAGUGAAGGGGGAUGUGGAUGUUUCUGUUCCAAAACUAGAAGGGGAUUUGAAGGGGCCUGAGGUUGAUAUCAGAGGCCCUAACUUGGAUAUAGAUGCCCCUGAUGUGGAGAUUGGAGGCCCUGAUGGGAAAUGGAAAGGUCCCAAAUUUAAGAUGCCUGAGAUGCACAUCAAGGCACCUAAAAUCUCCAUGCCAGAUGUUGAUUUACACUUGAAAGGCCCUAAAGUGAAGGGAGAUGUGGAUGUGUCUGUUCCAAAGAUUGAGGGUGAUUUGAAGGGGCCUGAGUUUGAUAUCAAAGGCCCCAAAGUUGACCUUGAUGCACCAGAUGUGGAUCUUCAUGGCCCAGAGGGUAAACUCAAAAUGCCUAAAUUCAAAAUGCCCAAGUUUGGAAUGCCUGGAUUCAAAGGGGAGGCACCAGACAUGGAUGUAAGCCUUCCAAAAGGGGAGAUUGAUCUCUCGGGUCCUAAAGUAGACAUUGAUGCUCCUGAUUUGGAAAUUGAAGGGCCAGAUGGGAAAUGGAAAGGUCCUAAAUUUAAGAUGCCUGAAAUGCACAUCAAGGCACCCAAAAUCUCCAUGCCAGAUGUUGAUUUACACUUGAAAGGCCCUAAAGUGAAGGGAGAUGUGGAUGUAUGUGUUCCAAAGAUUGAGGGUGAUUUGAAGGGGCCUGAGUUUGAUAUCAAAGGCCCCAAAGUUGACCUUGAUGCACCAGACGUGGCUCUUCAUGGCCCAGAGGGUAAACUCAAAAUGCCUAAAUUCAAAAUGCCCAAAUUUGGCAUGCCUGGGUUCAAAGGGGAGGGACCAGACAUGGAUGUAAGCCUUCCAAAAGGGGAGAUUGAUCUUUCAGGUCCAAAAGUAGACAUUGAUGCCCCUGAUUUGGAAAUUGAAGGGCCAGAUGGGAAAUGGAAAGGUCCUAAAUUUAAGAUGCCUGAAAUGCACAUCAAGGCACCCAAAAUCUCCAUGCCAGAUGUUGAUUUACACUUGAAAGGCCCUAAAGUGAAGGGAGAUGUGGAUGUGUCUGUUCCAAAGAUUGAGGGUGAUUUGAAGGGGCCUGAGUUUGAUAUCAAAGGCCCCAAAGUUGACCUUGAUGCACCAGACGUGGAUCUUCAUGGCCCAGAGGGUAAACUCAAAAUGCCUAAAUUCAAAAUGCCCAAAUUUGGUAUGCCUGGGUUCAAAGGGGAGGGCCCUGAUGUGGAUAUAAAACUUCCAAAAGGGGAGGUGGAUAUUUCUGGGCCCAAGGUAGAUAUAGAUGCCCCAGAUAUGAACAUUGAAGGUCCAGAGGGAAAGUUGAAAGGUCCCAAAUUUAAGAUGCCUGAAAUGCAUUUCAAUGUUCCUAAAAUCUCCAUGCCAGACAUUGAUUUGAAUUUGAAAGGUUCUAAAUUGAAGGGGGAUGUGGAUGUUUCUGUACCAAAACUAGAAGGGGAUUUGAAGGGGCCUGAGGUUGAUAUCAAAGGUCCCAAAGUGGAUAUAGAUGCCCCUGAUGUGGAGAUUGAAGGUCCAGAUGGGAAAUGGAAAGGCCCCAAAUUUAAGAUGCCCGACAUGCAUUUUAAAGCACCUAAAAUCUCCAUGCCAGACAUUGACUUUAAUUUGAAAGGUCCUAAAGUGAAGGGGGAUGUGGAUGUUUCUGUUCCAAAACUAGAAGGGGAUUUGAAGGGGCCUGAGGUUGAUAUCAGAGGCCCUAACUUGGAUAUAGAUGCCCCUGAUGUGGAGAUUGGAGGCCCUGAUGGGAAAUGGAAAGGUCCCAAAUUUAAGAUGCCUGAGAUGCACAUCAAGGCACCUAAAAUCUCCAUGCCAGAUGUUGAUUUACACUUGAAAGGCCCUAAAGUGAAGGGAGAUGUGGAUGUGUCUGUUCCAAAGAUUGAGGGUGAUUUGAAGGGGCCUGAGUUUGAUAUCAAAGGCCCCAAAGUUGACCUUGAUGCACCAGAUGUGGAUCUUCGUGGCCCAGAGGGUAAACUCAAAAUGCCUAAAUUCAAAAUGCCCAAGUUUGGAAUGCCUGGAUUCAAAGGGGAGGCACCAGACAUGGAUGUAAGCCUUCCAAAAGGGGAGAUUGAUCUCUCGGGUCCUAAAGUAGACAUUGAUGCUCCUGAUUUGGAAAUUGAAGGGCCAGAUGGGAAAUGGAAAGGUCCUAAAUUUAAGAUGCCUGAAAUGCACAUCAAGGCACCCAAAAUCUCCAUGCCAGAUGUUGAUUUACACUUGAAAGGCCCUAAAGUGAAGGGAGAUGUGGAUGUGUCUGUUCCAAAGAUUGAGGGUGAUUUGAAGGGGCCUGAGUUAGAUAUCAAAGGCCCCAAAGUUGACCUUGAUUCACCAGACGUGGAUCUUCAUGGCCCAGAGGGUAAACUCAAAAUGCCCAAAUUCAAAAUGCCUAAGUUUGGAAUGCCUGGGUUCAAAGGGGAGGGACCAGACGUGGAUGUAAGCCUUCCAAAAGGGGAGAUUGAUCUCUCAGGUCCAAAAGUAGACAUUGAUGCUCCUGAUUUGGAUAUUGAAGGACCAGAAGGAAAAUGGAAAGGUCCUAAAUUUAAGAAGCCUGAAAUGCAUUUCAAUGUUCCUAAAAUCUCCAUGCCAGACAUUGAUUUGAAUUUGAAAGGUCCUAAAGUGAAGGGGGAUGUGGAUGUUUCUGUUCCAAAACUAGAAGGAGAUUUGAAGGGGCCUGAGGUUGAUAUCAGAGGUCCUAACUUGGACAUAGAUGCCCCUGAUGUGGAAAUUGAAGGUCCAGAUGGGAAAUGGAAAGGCCCCAAAUUUAAGAUGCCCGACAUGCAUUUUAAAACACCUAAAAUCUCCAUGCCAGAUGUUGAUUUACACUUGAAAGGCCCUAAAGUGAAGGGAGAUGUGGAUGUGUCUGUUCCAAAGAUUGAGGGUGAUUUGAAGGGGCCUGAGUUUGAUAUCAAAGGCCCCAAAGUUGACCUUGAUGCACCAGAUGUGGAUCUUCAUGGCCCAGAGGGUAAACUCAAAAUGCCUAAAUUCAAAAUGCCCAAGUUUGGAAUGCCUGGAUUCAAAGGGGAGGCACCAGACAUGGAUGUAAGCCUUCCAAAAGGGGAGAUUGAUCUCUCGGGUCCUAAAGUAGACAUUGAUGCUCCUGAUUUGGAAAUUGAAGGGCCAGAUGGGAAAUGGAAAGGUCCUAAAUUUAAGAUGCCUGAAAUGCACAUCAAGGCACCCAAAAUCUCCAUGCCAGAUGUUGAUUUACACUUGAAAGGCCCUAAAGUGAAGGGAGAUGUGGAUGUGUCUGUUCCAAAGAUUGAGGGUGAUUUGAAGGGGCCUGAGUUAGAUAUCAAAGGCCCCAAAGUUGACCUUGAUUCACCAGACGUGGAUCUUCAUGGCCCAGAGGGUAAACUCAAAAUGCCCAAAUUCAAAAUGCCUAAGUUUGGAAUGCCUGGGUUCAAAGGGGAGGGACCAGACGUGGAUGUAAGCCUUCCAAAAGGGGAGAUUGAUCUCUCAGGUCCAAAAGUAGACAUUGAUGCUCCUGAUUUGGAUAUUGAAGGACCAGAAGGAAAAUGGAAAGGUCCUAAAUUUAAGAAGCCUGAAAUGCAUUUUAACGUUCCUAAAAUAUCCAUGCCAGAUAUCGAUUUAAAUUUGAAAGGUCCUAAAUUGAAGAGCGAUGUGGAUGUUUCUCUUCCCAAAGUAGGGGGUGAUUUGAAAGCUCCCAAAGUUGAAGUGAAAGGACCGGAUAUUGAUCUUGACGCUCCAAAACUUGAUAUAGAAGGAAAGACAAAAAAAUCAAGAUUUAAACUUCCUAAAUUCAGUUUUUCCAGCCCUAAAGUUCAAACACCUGAUGUGGAUGUGAAACUUAAGAAAUCUGAUAUUGAUAUUUCUGGACCAAAGUUGGAUGUGAGUGGUCCAGAUGUGGAUAUUCAGGGGAAAGCAAAAGGAUCUAAAUUUAAAAUGCCUUUCCUAAGUAUUUCAUCACCUAAAGUGUCAAUGCCAGAUGUGGAGUUAAAUCUGAAAGGGCCUAAACUGAAAGGAGACCUAGAUGUUUCUGGCCCAAAGUUAGAAGGGGAUUUAAAAGGGCCUGAAGUUGACAUCAAAAGCCCCCAAAUAGACAUCAAUGUACCAAAUGUUGAUAUUCACGGCCCAGAGGGUAAACUCAAAAUGCCCAAAUUGAAAAUGCCUAAAUUUGGCACACCUGGAUUCAAAGGAGAGGGACCAGAUGUGGAUGUAAAACUUCCGAAAGAGGAGGUGGAUGUUUCAGGUCCCAAGAUAGACAUUGAUGCUCCAGAUUUGGAAAUUGAAGGUCCUGAUGGAAAACUGAAAGGCCCCAAAUUUAAGAUGCCUGAAAUGCAUUUCAAUGUUCCUAAAAUCUCCAUGCCAGACAUUGAUUUGAAUUUGAAAGGUCCUAAAUUGAAGGGGGAAAUGGAUGUUUCUGUACCAAAACUAGAAGGGGAUUUGAAAGGGCCUGACUUUGAUAUCAGAAGUCCCAAACUGGACAUAGAUGCUCCAGAUCUUGAUAUUGAAGGUCCUGAAGGAAAAUGGAAAGGCCCCAAAUUUAAGAUGCCUGAAAUGAAUAUCAAGGCACCGAAAGUCUCAAUGCCUGACAUUGAUUUUAACCUCAAGAGCCCUAAACUGAAGGGAGACAUAGAUGUUUCUGGCCCUAAGCUGGAAGGAGAUUUGAAGGGGCCUGAAAUUAAUAUCAGAAGUCCCAAAGUGGACAUUGGUGCACCAAACGUGGAUAUUAACGGCCCAGAGGGUAAACUCAAAAUGCCUAAAUUCAAAAUGCCCAAAUUCGGAAUGCCUGGGUUCAAAGGAGAGGGACCAGAUGUGGAUGUAAGCCUUCCAAAGGGGGAGAUUGAUAUUUCAGGACCUAAAAUAGACAUUGAUGCUCCUGAUGUGGAGAUUGAAGGACCAGAAGGAAAAUGGAAAGGUCCAAAAUGUAAGGUGCCUGAAAUGAAUAUUAAGGCCCCUAAAGUCUCCAUGCCGGAUUUUGAUUUGAAUUUGAAAGACCCUAAAUUGAAGGGGGAUGUGGAUAUUUCUGUUCCAAAAUUAGAGGGGGAUUUGAAAGGCCCAGAAGUCGAUAUCAAAGGCCCUAAACUGGAAAUAGAUGCCCUUAAUAUGGAGGUUGAAGGCCCAGAGGGAAAAUGGAAAGGCCCCAAAUUUAAAAUGCCCGACAUGCAUUUUAAAGCGCCUAAAAUCUCCAUGCCAGACUUUGAUUUCAACCUGAGAGGCCCUAAAGUGAAGGGGGAUGUGGAUGUUUCUGUACCAGAUUUUGAAGGUGAUAUGAAAGGCCCAGAAGUUGAUAUUAAAGGUCCCAAAUUGGAUACAGAUGCUCCAGAUCUUGACAUUGAGGGUCCAGAGGGAAAGCUGAAAGGUCCUCAAUUUAAGAUGCCUGAAAUGAAUAUUAAGGCCCCUAAAAUCUCCAUGCCAGACAUUGAUUUGAAUUUGAAAGGCCCUAAAUUGAAGGGGGAUGUGGAUGUUUCUGUUCCAAAAUUAGAAGGGGAUUUGAAAGGGCCUGAGUUUGAUAUCAAAGGUCCCAAAAUGGACAUAGAUGCCCCUGAUGUGGAGAUUGAAGGUCCAGGUGGGAAAUGGAAAGGCCCCAAAUUUAUGAUGCCCGACAUGCAUUUUAAAGCACCUAAAAUAUCCAUGCCAGACAUCGACUUUAAUAUGAAAGGUCCUAAAGUGAAGGGGGAUGUGGAUGUUUCUGUUCCAAAACUAGAAGGGGAUUUGAAGGGGCCUGAGGUUGAUAUCAGAGGUCCUAAAUUGGACAUAGAUGCCCCUGAUAUGGAGAUUGAAGGCCCUGAUGGGAAAUGGAAAGGACCCAAAUUUAAGAUGCCCGACAUGCAUUUUAAAGCACCUAAAAUCUCCAUGCCAGACAUCGACUUUAAUAUGAAAGGGCCUAAAGUGAAGGGGGAUGUGGAUAUUUCUGUUCCAAAACUAGAAGGGGAUUUGAAGGGGCCUGAGGUUGAUAUCAGGGGCCCUAAAUUGGAUGUGGACUUCAACCUUAAGGGCCCUAAGCUGAAAGGAGAUCUAGAUGUUUCUGGACCUAAGUUGGAACGGGAUUUGAAAGGUCCUGAAUUUGAUAUCAAAGGUCCCAAAGUGAACAUUGAUGCCCCAGAUAUUGAUGUUCAUGGCCCAGAAGGAAAACUGAAAAUGCCCAAAAUGAAAUUUCCUAAAUUCAGCAUGCCUGGGUUCAAAGGGGAAGGCCCAGAUUUGGAUGUAAAUCUUCCAGAAGGAGGGGUUGAUAUUUCAGGUCCUAAGAUAGACAUUGAUGCCCCCAAUUUGGAUAUUGAAGGGCCUGAAGGAAAAUUGAAAGGCCCCAAAUUUAAGAUGCCUGAAAUGCACAUCAAGGCACCUAAAAUCUCCAUGCCAGAAAUUGAUUUAAAUUUAAAAGGCCCUAAAAUUAAAGGAGACAUGGAUGUUUCUGUCCCUAAGAUAGAAGGUGAUUUAAAAGGUCCAGAGAUAGACAUUAAAUCCCCCAAAAUGUCUGUUGAUGUUCCUGAUCUUGACAUUGCAGGUCCAGAAGGAAAACUGAAAGGUCCUAAAUUUAAGUUGCCAGAAAUGCACAUUAAAGCACCCAAAAUCUCCAUGCCAGAUGUAGACCUGAAUCUAAAGGCACCUAAACUGAAAGGAGACAUAGAUCUUUCUGGUCCAAAAAUAGAGGGUGAUUUGAAAGGUCCUGAAUUUGAUAUCAAAGGUCCCAAAGUGGAUAUUGAUGCACCAGACAUUGAUAUUCACGGCCCUGAAGGAAAACUGAAGUUACCCAAAAUGAAGCUGCCUAAAUUCAGUACCCCUGGGUUCCAAGGGGAAGGCCCAGAUGUGGAUGUAAGUCUUCCAAAGGGAGAGGCUGAUAUUUCAGGUCCUAAGAUAGACAUUGGUGCUCCUGAUUUGGACAUUGAAGGUCCUGAAGGAAAACUGAAAGGGCCAAAAUUUAAGAUGCCUGAGAUGCAUUUUAAGACACCCAAAAUCUCAAUGCCAGACAUUGACUUAAAUUUGAAAGGUCAUAAAAUGAAGGGGGAUUUUGAUGUUUCUGUUCCCAAGAUUGAGGGUAAUCUUAAAGGUCCUGAAGUUGAUAUCAAAGGCCCAGAAUUUGGGGUUAAAAGUCCUGAGCUUGAUGUUGAGUGUCCAGAUGUGACCACUGAGGGCCUUGAGGGAAAUGUUAAACUUCCCAAAUUUAAGAAACCAAAAUUUGGAUUUGGAAUUAAAAGUCCUAAGGCAGAAAUCAAAUCUCCUGAAGUGGAUAUUGCUGUCCCAGAAGGUGAACUGAAUGUGGAGUCUCCUGAUAUUGGCAUUUCUGGCAAAGGAAAGAAAAGCAAAUUUAAAAUGCCUAAACUUCAUAUGAGUGGCCCUAAAAUUAAAGGAAAGAAGGGUGGAUUUGAUAUGAAUCUACCCAGUGUCGAGACUGAUUUGAAAUCUCCUGAUUUAGAUCUGAAUGUAACUGGCCCAGAGGCAACAAUAAAAGGAGAUAUUAAUGUCAAAUCCCACAAAGGAAAGAAGCCAAUGUUUGGGAAAAUCUCUUUUCCAGACGUUGAGUUUGAUAUUAAAUCGCCUAAGUUCAAAGCUGAUGCUUCUGUGACAGCUCCUAAAAUGGAAGGAGAAUUUAAAGCACCUGAUUUGGAGGUUUCCACACCAGGUAUCAAAGGUGAUAUAAAGUCACCAGGUCUUGACAUUACAGCCCCAAGUAUCAGCGCAAAUCUCCCUGAUGUUAACAUUGGAGGUCCUGAUAUCAAUCUUAAGAAACCUAAGGUCAAACUUCCAAGUGGAAAUAUUGAUAUAGCUGGUCCAAAAAUGGAAGGUGAUCUGAAAAUCCCAGGUAUUGAUGCAAACAUUAAUGCCCCUGACAUGAAACUUAAAGGACCUACAGUGAAUCUGCCUUCAGUGGACAUUUCUGCUCCUUCAUUCUCUGCGUCUGAUCUUGAUAUUAACUUGAAAGGACCAAAAGUAAAAGGUGAUGUCAGUCUUCCCACAGCAGAACUGGAAGGUCCAGAAGGAAAACUAAAAUUUCCCAAGUUCUCACUGCCCAAGAUAGGGAAACCAGGUCUGAAUUUAGAAGGAGCUGAUAUGCAGCUCCCCUCAGCAAGUGUGGCUGUUUCAGCUCCGAAUAUUGAAGGAGGUGUGAGUGUUCCUGCAGCUGAAGGACUAGAUGCAAAACUGAAGGGACCUAAGGUGACUAUGCCAUCAGUAAACCUUUCAAUGCCCCAAGUCUCUGGACCUGAUUUUGAUGUAAAUGUGAAAGGACCAAAACUAAAAGGAGACCUGGAUGUUUCUAGUAACCUUAAAGGUCCAAAGGUGGACAUACAUGCACCAGAUGUUGAUAUGAAAGGCUUUGGAGGAAAGCUUAAAAUGCCCAAGUUUAAAUCUCCAACUUUGGAGGGACCUCAAGCAGAUCUGAACAUGAAAGGGGACAUUGGAUUUUCUGCCCCGCAAAUUGAGAGGGGCAUGAAAGCGCCAGGCAUGGAUGUACAUCUCGGUGCCCCAGACCUUGAUAUCAAAGGGCCUACAGUGAAAAUGCCAUCAGUAGGUAUUUCUGCCUCAGAUUUUGAUGUAAAUUUGAAAGGACCAAACUUAAAAGGAGAUCUUGAUCUUUCUGGUAGCAUUAAAUACCCAAAGGUGGCUGUAGAUGCACCAGAUGUUAACUUGGAAGGUCCAGGCAGUGCAAUUAAAAUUCCUUCACUGAAGCUCCCCCAAUUUGGCAUUUCUACUCCUCAUGUUGAGGGGUCUGACAUGGGUGUUAAUAUUGAAGGACCACAAAUUAAAGGAGACCUUACUGGCUCAGGGAUUGAUGGAGAAUUGAAAGGGCCUAUAUUUAAAAUGCAACCGCUUAAAGUUUCAGCUCCAAAAAUCUCUGCACCUGACAUUGACUUUAACUUAAAAGGACCAAACCUAAAGGGUGAUGUUAAUAUUGCUGGUGAUGUUAAAGGCCCAAAAGUUGGAGUGGAAGCACCAGAUAUCAGCAUCAAAAGUUCAAGUGGAAAUAUUCAAAUACCUUCAGUAAAACUGCCCAAAUGUGACAUUUCAGGUUCCCAAGGCAUGAAGGUUUCUGGGGUGGGUAUUGCUGCAGAUGCUCCUGAUGUCAGUUUAACAGGUCCUGCCUUCAGUGUAUCAGCACCAAAAGUUUCUGGGUCAGAUUUUGAUAUAAAUUUGAAAGAGCCUAAAAUCAAAGGAGGUUUUGGCAUUUCUGGAGACAUGAAAGCUCCUGAUGUAAAUGUUGGGGCACCACACUUGGGCAUUCAGCAUUCAGGUGGUGAAUUCAGAGGGCCACAGCUUUCAUCUUCUGGUUUUGAUGUAGAAAUGAAUGUGCCAAAUGUUGCAGGGGGUCUUCAUGUUUCUGGACCAAAGAUAGAGGGUAGUCUGAAAGGUCCCACGGUAGGAAUCAAAGGUCCUGGCAUAGAUAUGAAUUUUCCACAAAGUACCUUAGAAAGUGCAUCAGGAAAAGUGACAUUCCCCAGGAUGAAAUUGCCUAAAUUUGUGUCUUCAGGACAUGAGGUAACAGGAAGAGAAGUAGGGGUUGAUGUUAACUUCCCUCAGCCAGAUGCCAGUAUCCAUGCUGGUGCGGUGGAGGCUGAGUUUGAAGAGCCAGAUGUCAAACUUAAGAAAUCUAAAAUUAAGAUGCCAAAGUUUAAUUUUUCAAAACCUAAAGGCAAAGGCGCCAGUGUUGGCUCACCAGAAGCCUCCGUGUCCAUUUCAGGAUCUAAAGGAGAUUUGAAAAGUUCCAAGGCAAGUCUAGGUUCUAUGGAGGGUGAACUGGGGGGAGGAGAAGCUGCUGCCACUUCACCUAAAGGGAAGUUUUCAUUAUUUAAAAGCAAAAAGCCACAUCAUCGGUCAUCUUCCUUUAGUGAUGAACAUUCCUCCCAGUCAACCCCCACUGGCACCUUGGAGUUUGAGUGCAGCUCAGGAGCAGAGAAAGAAAAGCAGGCCAAGAUGAAAUUUGGAACAUUUGGAGGGAUAGGGUCAAAAACUAAAGGUUCUUAUGAGGUAACUGGAAGUGACGAUGAAGCAGGAAAGAUGCCAGGGAGUGGGGUCUCAUUAACGUCCAAGAAAUCCCGCCUGUCUUCCUCUUCGAGUAAUGACAGCGGGACAAAGGGGGGGUUCCGAGUGCCAGCGGUAGAACUGACCGUUGCCAAAAAGAAAGAGUAAAGCGUCCGUGUAAAUAUGUCUAUGUAUAUAUAUAUAUCUUCUGUGUGUUUGUAUAUAAAUUUCAUAGCUUGAAAUAUUUUCAACCUCAGCAAUAAAAUGAAUGGCCCCUAGUGAAAUGUUAGACUUCAUGUUGCCUACCCAAAAGAGAGGAGAGUUUAAAAGCAAGUGACCACAGUUCAUCUGAUGUAUUUGAAAGUUUUGUGUUCAUGACUUUGGUUUGCUCAUUAAAUGCUGAGAGCUUAAGUUUACUAGCAAGCUAUUUUAAUAUCCUUUUCAUUUUACUGGAUAUUUUCAGUGUUGGUUUAUGGAAAUAAUGUUUCCAUUUUAAUUACCUUUUGGCUUUCAUUUGCAGGGCUUACUUUUCUAUAAUGAGAAUGGAUAUAUUGAAAACACUGUAAAAUAUAUAGAUACAACUGAAAUAUGUCACUUUCCCUUGUAAUGUGGGGUUUAAAAUGACACGGAGUGUUUAUCACAGAAAGCUGUGGUUUCUAUUAGCUUUGAUAGUUGUGGUGGUAAGAAAAGUACCCCAGUUUAAUUUAAGACUAGUGAAUCCUGGUUGCUUAUGAUGAAAAACAGAAUUUACCAAUAAAUGACUAACCUGUUUUGGGUUGGAUUUGACUGACACCAUCUUAGUUGUCUCCAUAUGUUUGUUUCAUUAUUUGUAUUAUAAGAGAGGACUUUUCUUAGUUAUGGUGCAAAAAUCUGUGACUGCCACUUUUCUGAUAUUUGUUAUAAUUUCUGUUAACAAAUGUAUCUUGAUUUAAAAAAAAUCUUUCAGCACUUUAAUGGCAAAUGAAUUGAGAAUGUAAGAAGACUGAUCUUGUAAAAUGCAAAUAAACUGUUUAUUAAUCUUG